UUAUGACCUUUCUCCAGCGCAUUUCCCAAUUUCUACCCCUCCUUUCGCCGCACCACCGGAGAGAGCUGAAAGAAGCCAUGGAUCCCGGGGGCCGGGCAGAGGCGCAGCGGUGUCUGGCGAUAGCGGAGAAGCUCCUCGCGGCGCGGGAUCUCGUGGGGAGCAAGCGGUUCGCGGAGCGGGCGAUGGAGGCGGACCCCCUCAUCGACGGCGUCGACCAGAUCCUCGCCGUCGCCGACGUCCUCCUCGCCUCCCAGCGCCGCGUCAACAACCACGUCGACUGGUACGCCGUCCUCCAGCUCCCCUCCUCCCCCGACGACCGUGAACCCUCCGCUGUCAAGCUAGCCUAUCGCCGCCUCGCCCUCCUCCUCCACCCCGACCGCAACCGCUCCCCCGGCGCGGAUGCCGCCUUCCGCUUCGUUUCCGACGCCUGGUCCGUCCUCUCCGACCCCUCCAAGAAGUCCCUCUUCGACGCCGAGAUCCACAUCGCCGCCUCUUUCGCCUCCAAACCCUCCCCAUCCUCCGCCGCCGCCGCCGCCGCCGCCGCCGGCAACCCCGCGGCUGGCACCUUCUGGACAGCAUGCACGUUCUGCUGCCAUCUCCACCAGUACACCCGCGCCUACCUGAACUGCUCCCUCCGCUGCCCCACCUGCCGCCGGGCUUUCAGCGCCGCCGAGAUCGCCACUCCGCCGCCCAUCGUCCCCGGUACCGACAUGUACUACUGCUCCUGGGGCUUCUUCCCCCUAGGUUUUCCUGGCGGGCCGGGCUUCGGUGGAUCGCCGGAUCUUAGUAGCGGGUGGAAGCCCUUCCGUCCGAUAUUCCCGUGGUCUGGGAACCACCCCUCGCAGCCGCCCCCCGGCAACCAGCAUGACCCCCGAAAUGGGCCCAGCGAGGCACCGCAGGAUGAUGGGAAGAGGGAAAAUGCGAUUAAGCCUCAGUGGACGACAGCACCGGCCGCGAGGAAUAAGAAGAAGAUGGCCAGAAAGAAGGUUGGUGGGGGCCUAAAGAAGAGGACUUGGAACGCGGAGAAUGAGGGGAAGGGUGGCAAUGGGGCUGAGCCGGCGAUGCUUGGCCCUGAGGUAGGGGAGGGAAGUAGGGCGAAGGUUGCCACCAUUAAUGUCGAUGAAGAAGUAGAGUUCAGAGACAUUAAUAUUAACGAAGUGGCCAAGGGUUUGGAGGGCAAUGCUGAGAUUGUGGGGGAUGAAGGGGACACGAUGAGCUUUCAUAUUGACAUGGAUGCUACUGAUGAGCUUCUGGGUAAUCUUCAAAACCUUCCCUUCUUGAAGGAUGAAGAGAUUCCAGUGCAUAUGCCAUAAUAACUGUUGUAGUAACAGGGAGCAAACUCAUAGGGCAGAAUAGAUCGUAGUUGUGAUGUGCUUUUGCUUAUCGGGUCGGAAAUGUUGUAUUAGAGAUUGACCCUUUACUGCAUCGUAGAAUGUAGAACUGUGACAAUGUAAUUAUCCUUUUUAAAAUUUUCAAUGCUGAGGAUCGUUCAGCAAUUCCUGUGGUAUUUCAAGUUUUAAGUCAA